AUGCCUCCAAAGAAGAAAGUCCAAAGUACUCCGACUUACAAGUUCCCUGAUAACUUCGUGAAGUUAUCAGAGAAUCUAACCAAACAAUUUUAUAGACCAGAACCAGAAAUCAUAAUUGAAGAUCAAAUAGUAGUGAUACCAAAUGCCUUUUCCAAAGACCUUUGUGAUGAAUUGAUUAAAUCAUUUGAAACUAAUUUGAAACUUGAAACUACACCAUUGAUCAAGAGUAGAGACUAUGCUGCUAGAUUCAAUGAUAGAAUUUCACUUACCGAUUUCGAAUCAGCAGAUGUAUUAUGGAAAUAUUUACAAGAUUUACUUCUACUAAAAUCAGAGUAUGAUGAAGAUGAUGAAGAGACCAUGUUACUUGAAGAUUAUUUUGGACAAGGGUGUGGCUUAAACCCACAAUUGAGAAUAUACCGUUACAAGAAGGGUCAUCAUUUUGGAAAACAUUACGAUGAGUCUGUUACAUGUUUGAGAGAAGAGAAUGGUACUGGAAAAGGUAGAACUAAAUGGACUUUAUUAAUUUAUUUGACUGGUGAUGAGGAAUUUGAUGGUGGAGCUACUAUAUUUUAUCCUGAUUAUAGAGGAGCCAAACCAUUAAGUAUACACCCUAGCAAAGGUAUGGCACUUUUUCAUAAACAUGGUGAUGAUUGUUUAAAACAUGAAGCAGAGAUAGUUAAAGAAGGACAAAAAUGGGUUCUACGAAGCGAUGUUAUGUAUCCCUUAUAA